AUUUACUCUUUGAGUUUUGAUUAGCGAUCAGCUUUAAUUUCUUUUACUAUUGAAAUGUGGAAUAUAAAUUAUUUAUUCGCGUUUACAUAGUACGGACGUCUAAAGAUAGGCGGCAUUGCAGUCGUAGUUAAUACCACGCCCUUUUUUAGUAUAUCGGACGGCUAAAAUGACGCCGGAAACUACUGAACGAGCUCAUCUCUUAACUGAGGCCGUGUAUAGAAAUAUGCACGAGCAUCUCUUACCCGGAAUAAAACAGUUAAUUUCAAGUACAAAGGCCUACCAAAAGGCUAUGCAUGGCGUUACUACCUCCUGCAAAUCGUUUGUUGACGCCCUUUACUCUUUGGCGCAUAUUACUCAGGCUGGACGGGGAGCAAGUCUCGAUGUUGGUGGUGCUUUACUACAAAUAGCCGAAGUUCACAAGGAAAUCAAUAAUAAUAUCCUAGAUAACAUAAAAACAUUCGAAAGUGAACUUGUAGCUUCGCUCGAGUAUAGUCUUGCUUCGACUGAACCUACCCCUCAGACUGUCUUGAAACGUUACACAGCAUCUCAUAAGAUAGCUUGUACUUCAAGAGACAAACUAUAUUCUAACUUGAGAAAACAUAGAAAGCGAUCAAAAUCCUCCAAGUUCGGAGGAAUAGACCCUAAGCAAGCGCAAAUAGAACGAGACUUGAAUGACGCUCAGGCACGCCUGGACAAUUUUCGUGUUCAAAGUUUAAAAUCGGCAUUUUUAAGUGAGCGAAGAUGGAGCUGUAAUCUUCUUAAUAGAAUAUUGAAUAUAAUUAGAUCAACAGCUUCUCUACACAGCAAAUCACAUGAGUUACUAACACAUAGACUGCCAGAAUGGACGUCAAUUGGAUCAAUGUGGCAAAAGUUACCAGAAUCGUCUGAAUCUUUCUUAAUGAACUUUGCUCAUCCUUUGAACGUUUCCCAAACAAAUGGCGUUUCUUCUCCCCAUCCACACUCCAAUUCGAGUCAGCAAAACGAAGAGGUAUACUCUUCACCCAGUGAACAAGAGCCUGAUAGUUCGACAGCCGAUUACGAGCAUGCCGAAUUCGCAAGAUCUAAGGCUAGAAGACCUUAUGAGGAUGAUUGGAAAAAAGUUCGCGCUGUAUAUUCCUUUACAGCAGGGAAUUCUGGUACACAACUAUCAAUAGCGGAAGGUGACGUAAUUAAUGUCGUUGCGGGAUCUAAUAGGGGAGGUGGCUGGUUGUAUGGACAGAAUGAGAGAAGUAACUUGAUGGGCUGGUUCCCUGCAUCGUUCACAGUACCGGCUGAUGGAGUAUCGAGCGCUAAUAGAGUUAAAAGUCUGGGAGACCUGGCAACAUUGCCCAACACUUACAUCGAUCCGGAAAGUGGACAUGCUCAUACUUCGUCGUCAACACCGCACACCUCAAGAAGAAAUACUGGAACAAAUACACCGCGACAUGAAAAACAAGAAAAGCAUGAAAUUUACAUAGUUAGGCCUGAGCGGCCACCGCCCAUACCGCCUACACAGUCUGAUGGUCCACCAGCUCCACCCCCACCACCUCCUCCUCCCGACAUUAAUGGAAUUGUUAAUAAUGCUCACAACCAUAGAGGAUCAUUUACCCCGUCGCCGCCAAAUAGCAGUUCUGGUUAUUCGGGUACAAGUGCUCUACCGCCACCACCACCUAUAAUACAUCAAGAGGAGGAACCACCCCCUGUAAAUAAUCCGUUUACCAGUGUGACACUGAGAAAAACAGUCACUAACGACCGUUCAGCACCAAAGAUAAGAUAAACGAGAGAUUUUUCUUUUUUUUUUGUUUUUAAUAUAUUGAGUGUCUUGUUUUUCCUUGGUGUUUUCAUUACCAGGAGAGUCUAUUCUUUAAUUAUAAUUUUAUUUUGCUUGCAGAAGAAAAAUCCUUUUUGAAUUUGUAUUACUUGUUAAAACUUAUUAUAUGUUCCUAUGCAUAGAUA